AAACAAAAGAGGAAAAUGCUAAACCCUAGUAAAAACCCUUGGGAAUGCGAGGAUUGUAUCUCCUGCGAGCUUGAGCUAUACUGGAGGAAGUUGUCGGGCCAAAAUGAUCCGGAAUUUGACCCGCCAGAUUUCAAACGAAACACCAGUGAACCUCAGAAGACUAUGUACGGCGGCAGAGGCAGCGGAGCUGCGUGGAGGAGAUGGGCGGCUCUACCGUAGAUUGUCGGCUUUGGGAGCAACAAAAGGGUCGGUGACUGAAACAAUAAAUGAGUACAUGAGAGAAGGCAGAGUAGUGAAGAAGUAUGAGCUGGAGAAAUGCAUAAAGGAGUUGCGUAAAUAUAAAAGAUACCAACAUGCCCUUGAGAUAAUGGAAUGGAUGGAGAAAAGAGGUAUAAACUUAUCGUUUGGUGAUUAUGGAGUACGUUUGGAUCUCAUAGCAAAAGUUCAAGGAAUAACUGCAGCUGAAAAUUACUUUGGCGGCCUCUCACCUUCCAUGCAGAAUCAAAGCACUUAUGGAGCACUCUUGAAUUGCUACUGUGUUGAAAAAAUGACAGACAAGGCGUUGUCCCUCUUUGAGAAAAUGGAUCAAUUGAAUUUCACAUCUAAAUCAUUGGCAUUCAACAAUCUUAUGUCCUUGUAUAUGAGACUAGGGCAACCAGAAAAAGUGCCCCCUUUGGUACAGGAAAUGAAGAGCAGAAAGGUUCCACUAUGCACAUUUACAUAUAAUAUCUUGAUGAAUAGCUAUUCUUGUUUAGGUGAUAUAGAAGGAGUGGAAAGAGUCUUUGAGGAGAUAAAGCAGGAGAAUGCAAAGGAGUGUGAUUGGACCACAUAUAGUAACUUGGCUGUUGCCUAUGUUAAGGCUGGGCUUCAUGACAAAGCUGAGUUGGCUCUAAAGAAGCUUGAGGAAGAGAUGGGACCUCGUAAUCGUGAGGCAUACCACUAUUUGAUUAGUUUGCAUGCUGGAAUAUCUAAUCUAGGUGGGGUUUAUCGUAUUUGGAAUUCUCUGAAAUCUCAUUUCUCGAUAACAACCAAUUCUAGUUAUCUUGUCAUGCUUCAGUCCCUCGGUAAGCUUAAUGACAUAAAUGGUUUAAAGAAAUGCUACGAGGAAUGGGAAUCAAGCUGCUCCAGUUAUGAUAUGAGGCUGGCAAAUAGUGUAAUUGGGGCUUAUCUGAGACAUGACAUGUUACACGAUGCGGAGGAAGUCUUCCAUCAUGCUUUGAAGAGAUCACAAGGUCCUUUCUUCUUGGCGUGGGAAAUGUUCAUGGCAUUCUUUUUGAGGAAUCGUCAGAUCAAUCUUGCUAUGAAGUGCAUGGAAGCAGCUGCCUCUCGAGUAAAGAAGAACGAAUGGCAGCCAAAAUACGAAAUGAUCAAUAAAUUUCUCGAGUAUUUUGUAGAAGAGAGAGAUGUUGAUGGUGCUGAGGAGUUCUACAAGUAUUUGAAGAAGCUGAAUUGUCUUAGCAGUGAUGUCUAUAGUUUAUUGCUUCGCACUUACAUAGUUGCCAACAGAACAGCAGAGGAUAUGCUACUGAGAAUUAAGGAAGAUGGGACUGAAAUGAGCUGCGAGCUCGAAGACUUGCUUAAAAGGGUUUGUCCUGAAUAAAUAGAAGGAUCUACCCAUAUGGUUUUGUUUCAUUUCCAUCCUCUGUUUGUGUAGGUAUAUACCUCUCUAACUUCAAUGUACAUAACUUCAAUCCAUUCUAUAUUUUCUCUCGGUCGCAUCUCUACUGACUGAUGCAUUUCAAAGCAUAGACCUUUUUAAUACCAGGGCACAUGCUAAAUAUUCUUCUCUA